AUGGGUGGCUUCUUGGUACCACCAUGGUUUGUGGAGCAAGAGGUAACUCGGGGGAUUAUGAACACGGCGAGUGUGUUUUGGGGAUUCCAUCUCGCAGUAUCGGCCUUCACCUGCGCCAAGGCAUAUCGCCAAACGUAUCAUGCCUGGAAACGCGGGCAUCGAACCACGGCGUAUAUUGCCAUGAUAUGGGGGCAUUGGGCGACCAACAACAUAUAUGCUCUGCUGGCCUGGCUGUAUCUUUGGGGUUUGAUACCGGCGAGUUUCUGGCUAUGGUUCUUUAACUUGGUGCUUUGGGUGUUCCAGUCACAACUGAUUGUGCAGAUCAUCAUCAACCGAGUGUCACUCCUGAUGAUGGUCCGUCGGAAAGUCACACAGCUGAAAUGGGGCGUGUUCCUAAUCAUGGCCCUAAUUAAUAUCAGCGUCUUUAUUAUCUGGAUACCCGCGCGCCUGCAAAUCAACCCGACCUGGAUACAUAUCAACAAUAUAUGGGAUAGGAUCGAGAAAGGCAUAUUCCUGGCAGUGGACGCCUCUUUGAACAUAUACUUCAUUCAUCUUGUUCGGCACCGGUUGAUCAAGAACGGCCUGACGAAAUACACUCCACUGUUUCGAGUCAACGUAAUUUUGGUCAGCUUGUCAAUUUCAUUAGAUAUUACCUUGAUUGGAAUGAUGUCAAUGCCCAAUGCCCUAGUGUACCUGCAAUUCCAAGCUCUAGCAUACGCAAUCAAACUCCACAUCGAGCUGAACAUGGCCGACCUCAUCAAGAAGGUCGUUCGAGCGUCCAACCACGAAAGCCACAGAUUGUCGUCCGGCAUUGGGCAGAAAUCUUCAACCCGGGGCAAGACCACCACCAGUGCCAAGGUUACCACCACCACCAAGGUCGGUACCGACAACAGCAACAGCUUCCUGGCCUCGAUCUCGCGCGGUGCAAACAAGCCGUAUCGUGGCCAUCACACGACACAUAUCGAGCUCGGCAGCGAUGAUGAGCUGAGCCAGCAGAGACGGCACCCCGAAGGCCUCUCGGGAAUCCAGAAGACUACCGUCAUCACGCAGGAAGUGCACGAUUCGCCUCUUGGUGGAAUGGACGAAGAGGACGAAAGGUCUAGUACCGCGAGCUCGGACGAGAGAGAGUUUAGGAGGCAUGGUGUAUAA